AUGAAUGGAUUUAAUGCUACAGCCAAUACAUUUGCUGAUGCUAAUGUAGUCACACAACCUGUUGUAAAUACUAACUCUGCUGCCAUUGUAUCAACCACACCAACAGGUGUCCCACCAGUAAACCCUUCUCCUGCUCAUAGCUCCACACCAACUACUGUUAGUAAACCUCUAUUAAAAUUAAAAGUGCUUGACACAUUACGCCAAGGGACUAUUGAUGAUUUACAAGAAUUAUUAAACACUUCAUUUGUUCCAAGAGAUGAUCCAAUUGUUCGUGAAGUCAGUCAAUUGUUACUACAUUAUGCAGUUCAAGUGGCUCCCUUGGAAUUGAUUAAAGAAAUAGUUAAAAAAUGGGUACCCACAUCUACAAAAUCUCCUAAACAUAAUAAUUCUGGUGAGAAUUUCGUACCUCAUUUGGAUUUGAAUUAUCAAGAUGGUGACGGUAACACCCCUCUACAUCUUGCCUCAGAACAAUCCCGUGGCGAUGUAAUCACAUAUCUAAUGGAUCUGCCCAAUAUUAAUGACUGUAUUUUAAACGAUUCGGAACUGUUACCAUUAGAAAUGUGUAAGAACUUAAACGUGGCUCAAAUGAUGCAAAUUAAAAGAGCAAACUAUGUAGCAGCCACGGCAAAGGAAUUAAGAAAUUGUUUGAAUUCAAGAGAUUUUAAAAGAUUGACUAAAAUCUUUGAUAAUCCAAGAAAUAAAGAAUUAUUAGAUAUUAACGGGAUAGAUCCAGAAACUGGUGAUACCGUAUUACAUGAAUUUAUUAAAAAGAGAGAUGUUCACAUGUGUAAAUGGUUGAUCGAACAUGGUUCAGAUCCAUUCAAAAGAGAUAGAAGUGGUAAAUUACCAAGUGACUUAUUAAUGAAUGUUAAUGAAAAUGAUGUACCUACAAAUUCUAAAAUGUCAAUUGAUGUUCAAUUGAAGAAAAUGUUAGAGAAAGCUGCAAAGGAACAAAGUGUCAUUAAUGUAGCCAACAAUUUAAAUGAAGCUCCUACUUUGAAAGGGUAUUUGAAAAAAUGGACAAAUUUCGCACAGGGUUAUAAGUUACGUUGGUUUGUAUUAAGUAAUGAUGGUAGAUUAGCCUAUUAUAAAGAUCAAGCUGAUACGAAAAAUCCAAAUCGUGGCUAUCUAAACAUGGGGACUUGUUAUCUACAUUUAGAUUCCACCGAAAAAUUGAAAUUCGAAAUCGUAGGUGGUGCUACAGGCACUGUAAGAUGGCAUUUAAAAGGUAAUCAUCCAAUUGAAACAAACAGAUGGGUGUGGGCUAUUCAAGGUGCUAUUCGUUUUGCUAAGGAUAAAGAAUUAUUGAAAGGUAAAAAUACUGUUUCUCCUGCAUUGGUAAUGAAUAAUUAUGUCUCACGUGAAAAUUCUACGAAACAAGUUACUGCAACUUCAAAUGAUGGUCGUUCAAGAUCAAAAACUGCCUCUUCUUUAUCUAAAUCAGAUGAUUCUAAAGGAAGAACUUCUUCACACAAGAGAUCAGGCAGUAGCAAUAAAUCAAAAGUUAUAUUACCAGAUGAUAUUAGAAUGAGUAAUAAUUUAACAGCUUCAGGAAAAUCAUACGUAAAUAGGGUAUUGGAGACUCGUCUGGAAUCUAGUUCACCUGGUACUUCAAUUAAAGGAGUUUCUUUGGAAAAUACUGCUACCACCACUAAACAAAAACAAUCUAGAUCACCAUCUAAAUCUCAACAAGCCACUAAUAUACCAGAAUCCACUCAAUACACUGCCGAACCAGAAGCUCAACAGGUACAAGAAUCUAUGGUUGAUGAUACAGCAAUGCCUGUGUCAACUGAUACUACGACAGAACCUCCAAUUCAACCUCAAACAUUAGUCCAAGAACCUCCACUACAAACACAACAGGCUGAAUUACAAGAUCUUCAAGAAGCAGCUGAUUCAAAUUAUGAUUAUGAACCAACAGAUGAUGCAGCAUAUACUGGCAAUUACGAACAACAAUAUUCUGAAGGUGAGGCAUUAUCUGAUGAAGAUGAAGAUGAUGGUAUUGGAAUGAAUAUUGAUACUGAUGAUGAAGAUAUUCAAAUCCAGUACGGCCCUUUCACUCAACAGGUAGAACUUCAACAGAAACAUAUUUCCAUGGAAUUAUCUUCACUAACUGAGUUAUUAGACACCAAUAUUAUGGAUGAAGCAUCUUGGAGUACUAUUAAAAAUUCCAUAAAAACUAUCACACAAUGCUUCGAACAAUUAAAUACGUUAUCUGCCAGUAGAGAUAAAAAAUUAGUGGCUAUGUUAACAAAACAAAAAGAUGUUAAUAAUGUAUGGAUUCAAUCUGUUAAAGACUUAGAAAGGGAAUUAGGAAAGAAGAGUCAAAGAUUGGAAGCUAUGGAUAAAGAAAGAAGAACUUUGAAGAAAGUAGUCAAUAAAAGAAUCCAAGACACUGAGAGCCCUCAGAAUGUUGCAAAAAGGUUGUCUAAACAUGACGAUUCUUCUAGUACUUUGGAACAAGUACAGAAAUUCAUUUCUGCUACGAAGGAAAAUGAUGAAGAUUCGGAUGUGGAGGAAUUCUUUGAUGCAGAGGAUGCAAGUGAGGAUUCAGAUAGUGUGUCAUCAAACAUUCAAUCAUAUGAUUAUUCUACCGUCAAUGGUAAUACCAAUUCUUUGUCAACUACAAACCCUGUCUUAGUUACACCAAUGGAAACUCCUCAAUUACCCGCUGACAUUCAACCAGCACAAAGCACUCACGCUACACCAGCCCCAGUUCCAGUUCAACCUACUCAGGCUGCCCAAGUAUUAGCUGCACAGGCCCAAGCUCACGUUCAAGCCCAACAACAAGCCCAAGCUUUCGCCCAACAACAAGCCCAACUUCAAGCCCAACAACAAGCCCAACAACAAGCGCAAUUACAAGCUCAACAACAGGCUCAAUUACAAGCACAACAACAAGCUCAAGCCCAAGCUUUGGCUCAACAACAAGCUCAAGCCCAAGCUUUGGCUCAACAACAAGCUCAAGCCCAAGCUUUGGCUCAACAACAAGCUCAAGCCCAAGCUUUGGCUCAACAACAAGCUCAAGCCCAAGCUUUGGCUCAACAACAAGCUCAAGCCCAAGCUUUGGCUCAACAACAAGCAGAAGCAGAAGCCCAAGCCCAAGCCCACCAAGAGGCCCAAGCCCAAGCCCAAGCUCAAAUUCAAGCCCAAGCCCAAGCCCAAGCUCAAGCCCAAGCCCAAGCCCAAGCUCAAGCCCAAGCCCAAGCCCAAGCUCAAGCUCAAGCCCAAGCUCAAGCCCAAGCCCAAGCCCAAGCCCAAGCUAAGGCAAUUCAAGCGGGCCCACAACCAGCCAAGAAAUCUCCUGAAGAGAUGGCCGAAAUUGUUAAAGUAAAGACUAAAGAAGCAGAGGUAAUAAAGAAAAAGGCUCCUGUAAAGAUGAUGAAAACCGACCUUAUUGCAGUCACUAAAUCACAAGCUGCUCGUGAAGAAACAUUAAAUGCACAAGGCACUUGGCUAGGCUAUGAGGAUGGCCAAAGAAAGAGAUUGGCCCUUAGUGAAGAUGAUCGUCCUUCUAUUAGUUUAUGGUCUGUUUUAAAAUCUAUGGUUGGUAAAGAUAUGACAAAGAUGACUUUACCUGUUACUUUUAACGAACCAACUUCUUUACUGCAAAGAGUUGCUGAAGAUUUGGAAUAUUCAGAAUUGCUAGAUAGGGCUUGUACUUUCAACGAUUCUACAUUAAGAUUAUUAUAUGUAGCAUGUUUCGCUGCUUCUUCAAGUGCUUCCACUACACAAAGAGUUGCUAAACCAUUCAACCCUCUACUAGGUGAAACAUAUGAAUAUGCACGUCCUGAUAAGCAUUAUAGAUUUUUCACAGAACAAGUCUCUCAUCAUCCACCAAUUUCUGCAACUUGGACUGAAUCACCAAAAUGGGAUUUUUGGGGGGAAUCAUAUGUCGAUACUAAGUUUAACGGUAGAUCAUUUGAAGUGAACCAUUUGGGUUUAUGGUAUGUAAAAAUGCGUCCAGAUGAUCCAAAAGCUCCAGAAGAAUUAUAUACAUGGAAAAAACCAAACAAUACUGUUAUUGGUAUUUUAGUGGGUAAUCCUCAAGUUGAUAAUCAUGGUGAUGUUACAAUCACGAAUCAUAAUACGGGUGAUAAAUGUACUUUACAUUUCAAAGCUCGUGGUUGGAGAUCUAGUGGGGCUUUUGAAGUUAGAGGUGAAGUAUUUGACAAGAAAGGUGAUAAGAAAUGGGUCAUGGGAGGACAUUGGAAUGAAUCAUAUUUUGCAAAGAAAGUUACAAACAAGAAUAAAGGUAAUAUUUCCUUAGAAAAAACCAAAUCUGCUGCUGGUAGUACUGAAGGUCCAGCUAAUGAUGGUAGUAAAUUUUUAAUUUGGAAAGUAAACGAUAGACCAGAUGCACCUUUCCACUUAACACCAUUUGCAAUUACAUUAAAUGCUCCACAACCACAUUUAGUUAAAUGGGUUGCCCCUACUGAUACGCGUUUAAGACCUGAUCAAAGAGCUAUGGAAGAUGGUGAAUAUGACAAGGCUGCCAAUGAAAAGACUAGAUUGGAAGAGAAACAAAGAGCUGUACGUAAGAAGAGAGAAGAAGGAAAUAUAGACUACAAACCUAAGUGGUUCACUAAAGAAACUCAUCCUGUAACAAAACUUUCGUAUUGGAAGUUUACUGGCAAAUAUUGGAAUGAAAGAAAAGUUCAUGACUGGAAAAGAUGUGAUGAUAUCUUCUAG